AUGGCUUUUCUCUACAAUUAUCAGAAGAACAGUCAUUCUCCAUGUAUCCCCUGUGGAUUUCUAGACACAAAGAUCUUCCAGGAUAAAACUUGCUUUAAAAAAUAUCUCUCAGUUCACCAGCUGGGGGGCAGAACAUGUCACCUUAGCCUGUCUUGCAAAGAGCUCACUCUGGGGUUGGAAGAGACUCACAUGCUGUUGUUUCCUCUAUGCUCACAGCCCAAAAACAGGAGGGAAGUUGAUAAGAAUGACCGAGCAAGAGUCAUGCUAAUGCUGGUGCUGAUGUUUUUCUGGCUCCUGGCUCCAACUACAGCAAAGAGGGUGCAAACCAUAUGUAUGUUCAGGGAUUAUAUUGAGUCGGAUGGAAGAUACUAUAGUCCUGGUGAUCUCAUUAUAGGUGGGAAUUUGCCCUUGGGAAGCAUUGUAAAGUCUCAUGUCUUUAACUUUAAUACAUGGAAUCUUCAUUUACUUAGAGGAAUGAGCACCAGUUACUAUCAGCAGUUCCUUGCAUUGAUGUUUGCUGUCUCUGAGGUCAAUAAGGAUUUUUUUCUACUGCACAACCUCACCCUUGGCUUCCACAUCUAUGGACAUUACCAGAGGGACAUAUUUAUUUCCUUAAACAGCCUCUCUAUGCUCUCCUCACGAGGCCAAGUGGUUCCAGGUUACAAAUGUGACCUACAAGACACUCUGCUGUCCAUCAUUGGUGAUCUCACUGCCAGGUCCUCAAAGCAGAUGGCCUCCCUCUUCAGCAUCUUUAAGGUCCCACAGUGGAACUGGGUUGGGCUUUUGGCCCCUGAAGAUGACAGGGGAGAAAGUUUCAUCUCAACUGUGACUCCAAUGCUCCAGGAGAAGGAGAUCUGCCUGGCCUUCACUCUAAUGCUGAAAUUGGACGAUUUUCUAAUCAAUCGGAGAAAAAUUAUUCUCAAUUUCCUCACCUUGUCUAAAACAGAAGUGUUUAUUCUAUUUGCAGAGCCAGUUUCUGUUAUCACUGUAGUAGCAAUGGUACUUAUUUUUGAAAAACUCAAAAAAGUAUCAUUUAGGAAAGUUUGUAUCUUUACUUCCCAUUGGAAACUUGGCAUGAAAGAAACUGAAGAAACAUCGCAAUAUGUAAAGCAUUAUCAUGGGGUCUUGCAUUUUAGGGACCACUCCAGGGAUGUCUCUGAAUUCAGCCACUUUCUCCUGACUUUAGACCCCUUGAACCCCCAAGGACAUGUCUUUCUCCCUCGAUGGUGGGGAAAAGUCUUUGACUGCAAGAUCCAUGAACCAGGAAAGAUCCCUCCAAAGGGGGAAAAACAAUGUACAGGAAAAGAGAAUCUGCAGAAUGUGCCCAAUUACACGUUUGAAAAAAAAAUGACAGGUGACAGUUACAAUGUCUACAAUGCUGUUUAUGCUCUGGCACAUGCUUUACAUGCAAUGCAUGGAUUCAGAGCUCGACUGGCCAUGAUGAGGCUUGGAAAGAGGACCUCAAAUAUCCAGUCAUGGCAGGUUGGGCAAGUAAAUCCUGAGGCUUCCCAAGGCCAGGAUUUCACCAUUAACUCUGAUGGAAUCGUAUGGGCCACAAAGGGAAAUCCGGUUUGCUGCUACCAGUGUGAUGCUUGUCCAGAAGGGACCAUUUCUAAUCAGACAGAUGCAGCUCACUGUGAACCCUGCACAGAAGACCAAUUUCCCAACAAGGACAAGGACCAAUGCAUUGCCAAGAAGAUCCACUUCCUUUCUUAUCAAGAUACCUUGGGAUGCAUUUUAGUUUUUCUUGCCCUUUUUCUCUCUGGGAUCACUUCUGCAGUCCUGGUGAUUUUCUAUAAGCAUCAUGACACACCAAUUGUGAAGGCCAACAACCGAGAUCUCACUUACAUCCUCCUGGUCUCCCUCUUGCUCUGCUUCCUUUGCUCCUUCCUCUUCAUUGGUCAGCCAGGGAAGAUCACCUGUCUCUUACAACAAUCUGCCUUUGCCAUUCUCUUUUCCCUUGCAGUUUCUUCUGUUUUGGCAAAGACUGUCAUGGUGGUUCUGGCCUUCAUGGCCACCAAGCCAGGGAACAAGGCAAGGAAACUCUUAGGAAAACCACUGACCAACUCCAUUGUCAUAGCCUGUCCUCUGGUCCAAGCCCUUCUUUGUGCCACAUGGCUGGGAACCUCUCCCCCAUUUCUUAACUUGGACUUCCACUCCUUGUUUGGAGAGACCAUCUUGGAAUGUAAGCAAGGCUCAGCUGUAAUGUUUUAUGGUGUCCUCUCUUACCUAGGACUUUUGGCCCUUGUCAGUUUCACAGUGGCCUUUCUAGCCAGGAAAUUGCCUGACAGCUUUAAUGAAGCCAAGUUCAUUACUUUUAGCAUGCUGGUCUUUUGCAGUGUUUGGAUCUCCUUCCUCCCCACCUACCUGAGCACCAAAGGGAAGUCCAUGGUAGCUGUGGAGAUCUUCUCCAUCCUGGCCUCCACGGCUGCUCUCUUGGCUUGUAUCUUUUCCCCCAAAUGCUACAUUAUUCUGCUGAGGCCUGAUCUGAAUUAUCUGCAGUAUGGCUUCAUCAAGGUUGGGCAGAAUUUCCCUGAGAGGAAUGGAGUAAAGACUGUCAUCCUUGUAUGCAGUAGGUUCAUCAUCUCUUGUGACAAUUCAUCUCCUGGACCUCCAUGGAUCUACACCAUGCCUGGUGUCCAACUGGGAACAGAUCCAAGCAAUUUUAUCAACCAGAUGCAGAGAGAUCCAAUUUUAUCGACCCAAUGCAUGGAUAAUUCCUCUGUGAAGCCUGAAGGAAAACCUACAUGUGGCCCUUACCCAGAAGGUUUUGGAUAA